GUGGCAGCGCUCGGUCCGGUGCGGGGCCGGUGCGGGGCCGGUGCGGGGCCAUGACGCUCUUCGGCAGCGGGGACGCGGGCUGGAGAUAUCUGGACAUGGCCAGGGAGCCCAAGCCGAGCCGGGCCAGGCUGGGCCAGAAGCGGCAGCACAGCAGCAGCCUGUACCACAGUAGCUGUGACCUGGACUACGACCUCUACAGGGAUGACUUCCCGUACCGGGUCUAUGAGUACCAGAAGAUCCCCCCCCUCAUUAACCGCAUCCCAGUCAAGACCAGACGGACUCACCUGGGAGCAGGAGGCAAGAGCAGCCUGAGUCCCCAGCCCGGGACGAGGAGCAGCACCAGCUCCACGGCAGGACGGACAAAGUUGCGAGCUGAAGAGCUGCACUCCAUCAAGGGGGAGCUGAGCCAGAUCAAGGCACAGGUGGACAGUCUGCUGGAGAGCCUGGACCGCAUGGACCAGAGGAGAGAGCGUCUCACGGGGUCCAAGGAGAGUGAGAAGAAGAGGGCAGAGCCAGGGACAGAGUCGCCAUCCCCAGCAGGAGAGGGGUCCCGGGAGUCACGGGGAAAGGAGGGGACGGGAUCUGAUGGGCACAGUGACCUGCGCAACAUCGACAGCGCCGAGGAGAGCACAGACACUGAGGAGACGGUGAAAACCCACAUGUCGGAUCCCGAGGGGAGCCAGUAGCCAGACUGGGAUGCUGUGGCCUUCCCGUGUGGCCAGUCCCUCCCAGCUUGUGUUCAUUAUUUCUUUUGAGGCUUCCAGCCAGGCACAACUCGAGGUGCCCAUUCCCGGCACAGCCAUCCCCGGCCACCGGCAGCCCCGUGUCCCAUCCUGGGAGCUGCCGGCCAGCUGGGGCAAGAGAAGUUUUUGUGUUCCAGUGCGCUCAUUUUCUUUUUCCUCCUGUUUUCAGACCUAGGGAUAAGCAGAGGUGGCCAGGGGAGGGAGGGGAGGAGCAGAAACAAAAGAAAAAGGACCGUGCCCCAGAGGAGCAACCCAAAUCCCAUCUGCCUUGCUGGCAGCACCUCCUCACCCACAGAGUGCUGUGGGGCACAGAGAGAGCAGCCCGGGGUUCCCACCCCUAUGGCACAGGUCACAUAUCAACUGUCAGACCCUGCUGGGAAUUGGUGCAGCAGGCACAGGUACAGCCCGUGGCAGGUUUCUGACCCACCAUAGGAAGGAGGAACCACCCUAAGCCAUCUCCAGAAGGUUUUCGCAGGAUUUUGGGAUGGUGCCAAGCCUAGCUCUGAUGCGAGCUGCACGACCAGCAGUGGGGCAAUGCCAACCCAAUCACUCCCAUUCGCCCCUGCUCCCAAAUGUAUUUUCCUUACUGGUUUUCCACGGGCUGUUCUUGUCCAGGCAUUGUGUUUGCAGUCAGUGGGACUCCUGUGAGAGCUUCUCCAGGGCCCCUCACCUGCACCUGAGGAGUCCUGGUCCCCCCGUGCUCCCCAGUAUCACAUUUUGGUUCUGUGUCCCUCAUUUCUUGGUUGUCCUUCUCUCCCUGGUAGGAACUCGUUCUGUGUUUCUAAUUUGCUCUGGUAAAAGAGUGUAUUGUGUUGGAAACAAAAAUAAUUUGUAUUUAUUUUCUCUGGUUAUUUAACUCUGGUGCAGUUUGUAACUGUCUGAAGUGCUCAUUUAAUUUUUGUACCUAAUUCUGUGUGCUGCCGGACACAGUCCCUGGCUUUCUUGGAUGCUGCCUUUUCUGCAGCUCAGCCCAGAGGCAGGAGAGCAGCUCUGCCCUGUUUCCCAGUGGAAAAUACCCAGAAUAUUCCCUACCAGCCCACCAUGUUGCAGCUGGGCAGACAGGACUGGCUGCUCUGCUCCAUCCCCAGGAACAACCAGAUCCCAAGGCAGCACCCAGAUCUCUGUGCACCCCUCAAAGAAGGAUGGAGGGAGAAGGGGGGGGUGACCCCAAUCAUGGAAGGGAGGGACUAGCCCUUGGCUAGCAGAGGCCCCAGCAGAGCCGUGCAGGCAGAAGACUCACCAGAAAAUAAAUGAUUUAUUACUAUGAAAAAAAGCCAACGAAACACAACUCUGCUGCCCUGAAGCACUGCCUGGGCAGGAGGCCCAAGGGAUGUGCAGCCCAUGCCACGGUGUGGUUCCUGCCCAGAGGUGACUGGACUCUGCCUGCACGGAUGGUUGUGGUGGGAGCUCGGUGUGAGGGUCUCAGCCUGGUGCUGGGACCACCCCAAGGUGAGACGUGGGGGUCCUGCAGUGCCAGCAGCUGCUUGAAGGGAGGUCUCAGGCAGGCUCUGGCUGCUGACACAGUAUGGAGGCUGGUUUUGGGGGGUUCCAGCAGCAUGCCAGGCUGUUUGGGCCCUGUGGUGCCAGUUAGGAAUGUUCUGCCACAUUGUGACUCCUCAGAUACGCUUUUGGGGGCUCUCCAGUGGUGUGGGGGGUGUAUACUCCACUGUCCUUCACCAGAGUUCUUGAGCCUUCAGCUGUGUGAGAGCAGGGGGUCUCCAGCAGCACAAGGGUUGGCUCGCGGGGUCUCCAGCAGCACAAGGCAUGGAACAAGCUGGGUCCGGGGUCUCUGGCAGCAUGAGGUGUGGAACAAGCUGGGUCCGUGGUGGUCUCCAGUAGUUAUAAUUAAACUUAAUAAACUUCUAAUGUUCUAAAA